ACACGUUUUACAUGGUGUAAUUUCUGUUGCGAAAAAAAAAACAACUUGAGUUUAAACGAAAAAGAAAGUCGAACGAGUAGGUUUUUCUUGCAAUGGUCGGCGUUAGAUUCGUAAUUAUCCACGACAAAGGCGUCCGCACGUCUGUCCUCAACUGGCGAAACCGGGAGGAAGUGUCCUAAAUUUUGGAUUUUCUGUUCGUUGUUCUGUUUGCGCGCUUGUAUCUCUGUGACUAUGGGCCUGUCCGUGAGUCAUUGCCUCGGCUAAAGUGGAAGCCGACGGUGAUAAGCUUAUAUUUAACAUUGAAAGGAAAGAAAAGGUAACAUCAAGAAAGAAAGGAGAGGAAGCAAUGAAGCAAAAGACAUCACUCCCCACUGCUUUUAUGGCUGGCGCCUUCAGUGGUACAUGUUCUACCAUACUAUUCCAGCCGUUGGAUCUUGUGAAAACAAGGCUUCAAACUAGAGCCAUCGCCAGCGGGAAUGGCGGCAUGUUCUACACUUUCUAUACUGUGUUUCGCGCUGAUCAUGUUGCCGGUUUAUGGAGAGGACUAACACCGUCCAUCUACAGGUGUGUGCCUGGAGUAGCCAUGUACUUCACCUCUUUGCAUGGUCUGAGCUCCUUCGUAAGUGAGGACCCGUCGCCUCUCCAGUCCAUAGUGCUAGGGGCAACUGCACGCACCAUCGCAGGGGUGUGUAUGAUGCCUGUGACUGUAGUCAAAACAAGAUAUGAGAGUGGAAAUUUUAACUACACAAGUAUGAGACAGGCACUUGUCUCGAUCUGGACGAACGAGGGUGGACGGGGCUUGUACAGUGGCCUGGUAGCCACAGUAGCCCGUGAUGCGCCAUUCUCUGGUCUUUACCUCAUGUUCUACACACAAAUCAAAAGACGGGCGAAGGGGCUGUUGCAAGUGGGGGAUUUAACUUCAGGGCAAAACUUUAUAUGCGGCAUUAUGGCAGGUGCCAUGGCAUCUGUUGUCACCCAGCCCGCUGACGUCGUCAAGACGCGCUUACAAAUGAACCCUUACAUGUACCCUAGCAAUAGAGCUGCAGUAGUUGCCAUAAUUGAAGCAGGUGGUAUAGAGGGCUUGUUCAGAGGGCUAGUGCCGCGAACUGUUCGUCGAACACUUAUGUCUGCUAUGGCUUGGACCAUUUAUGAAGAGGUCUCAAGAUAUUUUGGACUGAGAAAGCACAAAUAAACAGUGUCAUCUCUAAACAAGUUGAUUGAGAAAAGUCCAAUCAACCAGUUGUUUUAUACUGAUGCAUUAUGAUGGGAAGUUAGCACAGCAUAGAAAUUUAAAUUUAGAAACAUUGAAAAGGAAGCUGGUUCUAUGACUUUAACAGGAACCAAAGCAAGUGGAGACAAAAAUUAAUUCAUAAUGUUUGUACAUAGAACAUCUAACAAAUAUUACUGAAAAUUUAAUUACAGUGUGACCUAGAAAACCAUGAAUGUCUAGAAAUAUUUUCUACCACCAUGCCUAUCAAAGUUGUCGAACCAAAUUUCAGAAUUUGUUUAUGGAGUUCUUUCCAGUGAAAAGAAAGGAUAUUCAAGAAACAAUUCAUGGUUUUACUGGUCACAGUGGGUUGUUUGGCAUAGGUUGAAACAAGAAGUUUGAUGUAGGAUACUUUUGCCUGACAUAUAGUCUUACGCUAGAAACAAAUGUCUGCUGUGUCUAUCUCUUGCUUUACAAGGAUAAGCAAUGCUAUUUGAAUUAUUCAUGGAGCUGGCAUCCAUGACACCAUUGCAAGAAAAACGUUUGGCUGCUAUUUUGAAAAAAAAAUAUUCUCAGGGGGACUUUGUAUUAACAAUCUUUAUCCUAAAAGAAUGAUUUCUCCAAAAAGGUUUUUUUUUUUAAAUCUGGACAUGGAUUUUGAGUCCAUAUUUUGAUUAAGCUUCAAGACUAAGACAGAAUCUACUUAUAAAGUUGUACAGUGCACAGAUUAUUUAGGUAGGAAACCAAGCAUAUUUAUUCUAAUUUCCCUGUGGCUUUGUAUUAGUUUUGAAGCUUUGACUGCCAUUGCCCACAUGGCCUAUUGAAAUGACUUUUUUCCUUUUUUUUUUAGCCAACAGUGAGGAAUAUAUAAAUCAACAGAAAUACAACUCAAAAAAAUGUUUUGUGGUGAUGUUUUUAGUAAUUUUAUUCCAAAUAACAUUUGUAAAUAGAAAAAAAAUUGAAACAGAGUAUUUUAAUGCAGUAAAAGUAUUGGGCAAAA